AUGAACGCAUCUGCAGAUGCUAAUUCCAUCAUCUCUGCUAAUCAAAGCUCCAACAACAGACCUUCUUCUACUACAGUUGAAAGAGAAGAUCAACGAAAUGGAAGGAAUCCCAUAAUGAUUGUUCAUGCAAAUGGGAAUGAAUUACAUGAUCGUAAGACAUUACAUGAGUGUCAACUUGUUGAUGGUUCAGAAGUUGAGCUUACACUUAAACCACCUAUGCCUACGCCUACAAUGACAACAACGACAACAACCACAACUACAACCACACUUUGUAAUUUAUGCAUGAAUUUGAUGGGACAUAAUAAUUACUCAAAGAAAUUGAAUGUAAAUGUGAUGUCAAAAUGCGGGGAUGAGAUUAUGUCGAAGGUGAAUCCACUGAGUAACGUUGGUCAAUUAAGGAAGGAGUUACAAAAGGUGAGGAGUCAAAGGGUAGGGUUUCGUUUACCAAAAGAAGGAUAUUUCUUUAUAUACAAACAAAAUGUCAUGGAAGAAGAUCAAUCUUUUAAAUGGCAUCAAGUCACACAAGGCGACACCAUUGAGAUAUUCAAUGGGUGUGUCACCAGGGGGUCUUGA